AUGUGCUUUAUAGAUUUGGUGGCGACAGCUACUGGAUCUGUCCUUGCGAGGACAGAUCUAGUGAUGGGUUCCGAACUUCUACUAUUGCGAACGAUUCUCGUAAUCGGAAUCCUUUAUAACAUGAAGAAGUACCUGUGUAAGGUUUUGGCUUUCCUGUACACAAACAUCUGGAAGUUGUGUUGUUUGUUGAUAGCUUUACUUUGCGUUAUAUUUUCUCCUUAUGCCUCUAGACAGUUGCGUAACACAAUUCAGCUGACUCAAUUACUGAUUCUAGGAGCAGCUCUAUGGCUGGUGAUUCUUACGGUGCUCUAUCUGUCUAAGAGCUUCAAAACUCAUUCCGUACGAGCUAGUGCGGCACAACUUCCUAGCGAUUUGGCAAUUCGAUUCACGGAUUUUGAAAUGAGAUUGUGGCGGUUGGAGAGGAUAGUCAGAAGUUUAGCAGAGAUGAAUGAUCACAUCAAUGUUAGUGCAGCUCAAGCGGACAAGAAUAUCAGUGACAAUUCCAGAUCUAGUAAGAGAAAAUCCCGUCUGGUGUUUAAAGAAACCUCUGAAAAUGGAGCCCUCACUCAAAUUCCCGAAUCUUCCCUCGGAGGAAUGACAAGAAACCAACAAGAUCCGGUAGAUGAGGACAUGGAUAAUUUGAUAGAAGAAAUUAAUGUGAGCUCUCAACGCAAGACACGAAAACUCACUUAUCAUCGCUGCGAUCAUUGUGGAGCCAUGGUUCCUGAAUCUCAUAAGUGUUGGGUUCUUGAACAAAAGGUGACGUGUUUCAAGUGCGGACAACCUAAUCAUGUGGCUAUGGUCUGCAAAAAUCAACAAGGUGGAAUGUCCGUUAAAUUUAGAGGAGCAUCAAAGGUUGAUUUUGUUCUGAAAGAAAUCGAACGUUUAGUGAAGAUUAAAGAUCUUCUCGUGAAGAACAUGAAUGAUUCAGCUAUCGAGCCAUCGUUUCGAACCCGUCGAGUUGAUCCCACAGAAGGCGAACAUACUGAUACCACUGUUGGAACUUUACCUGCCAGAGCAAGCGAUGCUCCUUUUGCGGAAACGCCGGCGUCGAUCACCAACUAA